AUGAAAGCAAAGUCUGGAAUAAAUUACACUUUGGUGACCAACUUCAUUCUUUUUGGACUCACAGAACACCUGGAAAUGCAGCCACUGCUCUUUGCAACAUUUUUAAUCAUCUAUAUUGCCACUCUGCUGGGGAAUCUUGGGAUGAUUUUAUUAAUUUGGACUGUUCCCCAGCUGCAUACCCCCAUGUACGGGUUUAUUAGCAGCCUGUCCUUUUUAGAUGCCUGUUAUUCCACCACCAUCACACCCACAAUGCUGGUGACCUUUUUAGUGGACAAGAAAACCAUAUCUUAUGCUUCCUGCAUUGCACAGUAUUGUUUCUUUGCCAUAUUUGCCACAACUGAAUUUUUCCUGUUGGCUGCAAUGGCGUAUGAUCGCUAUGUGGCCAUCUGUAACCCUUUGCUCUACACUUCAGUGAUGACUAAGAGGCUCUGUAAAGGAUUGAUAGCUGGAUCGUAUCUAUGGGGAAUUGUGAAUUCUAUGAUUCACACGAGUGGUUUGUUGAGGUUGUCCUUUUGUGGCUCCAAAGGCAUCAAUCACUUUUUUUGUGAUCUCACCCCCCUUCUGAAACUGGCUUGCAGUGACGUCUCUAUGAACGAAAUGCUGAUAUUCAUUUUUGGCAGCCUGUUUGAAAUGAGCACCUUGCUAAUCAUUGUUACCUCUUAUAUAUUCAUUAUCACUGCGGUCCUAAGAAUUCGCUCCACUGAAGGGAGGUAUAAAGCAUUUUCCACGUGUGCAUCCCACCUCACAGCAGUGGCCAUAUUUCAUGGAACUAUUCUCUUCAUGUACUUCCGGCCCAGUUCUAGCUAUUCCCUUGACACUGACAAAAUGGCAUCUCUGUUUUACACAGUAAUAAUACCCCUGUUGAAUCCUUUGAUCUACAGCCUGAGGAAUAAAGAUGUAAAAUGUGCUGUGAAAAAAGUAUUUGGAAGAGAACUGGGCUCCCAUUAA